AUGGUGGCUGCGCCGGUGGAUCAUCGGCAUCUUCAGCCGGUUUCCAUGAUUGUUCCACGGUCAUCUGGUUCUCUUCGGUCCAGCGAUAGAAAAUCUAAUGCAAUAGUGAUUUGGGAAGGAGGUAAGCCGUUGAGCCGUCAAGAAACUGUUGAAGGUAAAGGAAAGAAUGUGAUAAUGGAUGAAUCGGAAGCACGAGUGGAUACGAUUGUUGAAGAUCUACCUGAUUUGAUGAAUGUUGAGUCUUCGGCUUCUCAAAAUUUGGUCUUACGAGUGAGAAAUUUUUCCGAGGUUCUUGAUGCACAGAAAGUGCGGAAUAUGGGUGAUGGAGCUAUUUCUUUGGAAACCCGAAAGGAAGAUAUUGUGAAGAACAUGGGCGAAGUUGCUGAGGCUUGGUCGAAACCAAAGCCAAUCAAGAUUACAUUUGAUAGAGACUUGAUGCAAUUCUCUGAGGACGGUGUGGCUGUAAAAUUGAACGCGGAAAGGGAAGCUGAUAAUGUUAGAGUAUUGAAAAACUCGAUUGUACUCAAAGUUCUGGGGAAUGGAGUUCCUUUCUCAGUUUGCAGUUCGGAGCUAAGAAGACAAUGGAGCCAAUAUGGUAAAUUUCAUUUGACCUCAAUUGGAUUGGAUUGGAUACUCUGUUCGUUCAAUUCGUGUGCGGUGGUUGAUGAAGUUUUGAAUGGGGGCCCAUGGUAUGUGAAUGGAUUAAUCGUUGGGAUGGAUAGGUGGACUCCUGCUUUUGAUCCAAACUCGUUCAAAGAUGGAAAUACUUUCCGAUGGAGUAAACGAGAAUUUGCUCGUGUUUGUGUGAUAAUUGAUUUAGAGAAGAAACUUUUGAAUGGUACGUGGGUUGAAGGUUCGGCUGGGAGAUUUUUCCAAAGGGUGGAAUAUGAGAAAAUUGAUCUUAUGUGCUACCAAUGUGGAAGGGUAGGCCAUGAUAAGAAGACUUGUCCAGAAAAUGUCACAAUGGUGAUUAAAGAUCAAUCGUUGAAGAGCAUGGGAUCAGAUAAUGGGCAGGACAAUUUGGUGAGACAUGACAAUGGGCAUUAUGUGACGGAUGUUCAGGUUGAAGAAGUCCAGGAGAAAGUUCAGGAUGAGUGUAACGAUAAUAAGGCAGAUGAAGUCUCUGGAAAAGAUGUUGUAACUGGUAUGUUCGAUCAAUCAACAAACCGGUUUGCUGUUUUGGUUGAGGAGAAUGAGGAAGAAUUGCUGGGACAGGCUGUUAGUAAUGACAAGGUGGUUGACAAUGGCUCGAAAUUAUUGGAACCAAUGGUAAAUUUUGAUAUGAAGUAUGGUAAUGAAGAUGUCAAGGUUAAAUUAGCCAAAGAAGUGAAGUCAUUGGGACCUGUUAAUAGUGAGAAGAAGAAGAGGAAUGGAAGGGGAGCGAGGAAGAAAGAGGCUUCCCUAUAUCUUAAGGAGAUGGUUAGAGAUGAAAAUGUUUUCUUUAUUGGGCUUAUGGAGACAAAGCUGUCUAGCAUUGGUAGAAUGGAGGUGGAUUGCCUUUUGGGCAAUGAGUGGGAUUAUUUUCACCAACCUGUUGUUGGGACUUCUGGAGGUAUUCUGGUUUUAUGGAACAUUAAGUUGGUGUCAUUUGAGGUUUGUGAAGCCUCUUCUCAGGAGAUCAUUGGUAAUCUUUCGAUUCCUAGCUUAGGAAUGUGGAAGAUUGCUACGGUUUAUGGAAGCCGUUGCAACAAGGAGAGAAGUGAUAUUUGGAAUCAAUUGGAGAGGAGCAUGGAGAAUUCUAGUCCUUCCAUUAUUGGGGGAGACUUUAAUUGUAUUCUAAACAAAGAUGAGAAGAGAGGUGGUAAGAGGUUCUUAUUUUCUAAGGGACCGAGAGAAAUGAAGAGCUUCAUGGCAAAUUCAGAUUUCCAUGACAUUGGAUUUGUUGGGCCAAGAUACACAUGGUGUAACAACAAAGAAGGUAAUUCUCGGAUAUGGGAAAGGUUAGACAGAUGUAUUUUGAACUCUUUGGCUAUGCAGAAUCUUCCUUUGGUAGUGAACAGACAUUUGGCGAGGAUGGCGUCUGAUCACUGUCCUAUUGUGAUCAAAAUGGAUGACAUAAUACAACCUAAGCCGAGAACAAUCAAAUUUGAAGAUACAUGGCGAUCUUAUCCGGCGGCUAAAAGCAUAGUUCAUCAUUCCUGGAAGAAGCAUGAUGAAGGUAAUGAGUAUGAAGUCUUACAGAAGAAGCUUAAUCGUACUUUAAAAUCCUUGUUUUUCUGGAGUAGUAAUAAAUGCAAGGAUUUGAAUGCCUUAAAGGAUAAACUGAAGAAAGAGAUCCUUGAGUUGCAAAACAAAGAAGCUUUGAGUAAUAAUUGGUCUGAUGAUGACCUGUUUGAACUUAGAAAUAAGGUUCAUCAACUUAAUAUCAUGAUGAGAAGACUUUCAACUUGGUGGAAUCAAAGGGCUAAGGCUAGGUGGCAUGAGGAUGGCAAUACAAAUUCUAAGCUUUUUCAUAAUUUUGCAACAGCCAGAAGAAAUGGGAAUCGUAUUUUCCAAGUCAAAGAUGAAGCGAAUAAGUUGCAAGUGGAUGAGUAUCAAAUUGAGAAAGUCUUCACCAAAUUCUUUGAGAAGAAAUGGGAAUAUAGGGAAUGUGAAGUCACGGGUUGGCCAUCUAUUAAGGAGAAUCAGAAGUUGAGUGCCGAAGACAUGGAGCUGUUAAAUGCUGAGUUUACUGAAAAUGAGUUACAGAGUGCGGUGUUCCAGCAAGGGAACAACAAGUCGCCUGGUGCGGAUGGCGUUACCUCUUCCUUCUACAAAAGUUAUUGGAAUAUUAUAUAG